AACACUUUUAUUAAAAUUAUUUUUAUUCAACCAUAUAUAUAUUAAUUUAUCAAGCCAGAUAUUGGUUAGAUUGUUUAUGAUUACAAACUAAUUGUAUUUUCAGUGCGGUGAUUAUUGAAAACCAUUUAGGAUAAUUAAAGAAUCAUUAGUAUUACGUCCAAUUGGGUUUGUCGACUUUGACUACAAAAUCUUGCCGCGCAAACGUAUGACCAGACUUACCAAAUUGAAUGUGACCAUAUAUUAUGUCGUAGCUGACUAGCUUAUCGAAUGCAAUCUAAUUAAAUCGAUACACAUAUAUGCAAGAAGCAGGAUUCAGUGUGACCAAAAUAAAAUUGGUUGCGAAUUGCGAAUGUGUAAAUUGGCUAUGAGCCCAAGGAGCAAGACGAGAUUUGCAUAGCAUUUGUAUUUUCUGAUAUGGCGGAUGGACGCUCAGACGGUACCUAUAACUACAAAACUUUGUUAUGCACAAACAUACCAGAACUGUUUCUCGACAAAUAUGUGGCGCGCACGCAUUUCGGUCGCUUUGGCAACCUUGUGAACGUUGUGCUGCGUCCUCGACGCAUGACCUGCACUGUGAGUUAUGCCACCGAAGCUGAGGCAGCCUUUGCACUGCGCGAGGGUAACAUCUACAACGGACACGAGUUCGAGAUGAGCUAUGCGGAGAAUGAGACCGCGCCGGCACAAAAGACAGAGGAGUGGGUCGAUCCUGACGUGCAGGCGGAGCUAAGUGUCUUGAGUGCCGGCUGGCGCAACGAAUAUGGAAAUAACAAAGCGAGCGCAGCAAAGACACAAGCUUCAGCUGCAACUGCAUUUGGCACAAGCAAAGCUGCUUCAACUCCAACGAGCGGCAAUGUUGAUCGGGAAAGAGAACGAGAGCGUGAACGUCAACGAGCACCCGCUCAAUUCAAAGCCGCCAAACAGGAACUGGAGUCAAUAAUGCGCAAGCCGGCGCAUACAAGCGAAGAAAAAUAUCGCGUGUUGGAUGCACGUGACAAAUUGUUGCGACUGAAUCAAAAACGCGGCACAGCGGAUGCUCAGCGUCUGCAGGGCCAUUGUCCGGAUAUGUGCCCGGAGAAGGAGCGUGUGCUGCGGGAAUUUCAACGACAGGUGGCCAUUUACGAGCUUAAGCCGGGCUCCGAUGAGCAGAUCUGCCAUGAGCUCGCCUUGAAGCAAUAUUCCCGCAGCAGCGCCGAUCAGGAGACACCGCUACCUCAUGAACUGCGCGCGGAACCCGCACUUCAUAUGACCAUGAGUUACCUAAUGCACGAGAUAAUGGAUGUAAGCGAAAAGACGGAUAAUCUGGGCGAUUGGUUCCAUUUCGUUUGGGAUCGCACACGCUCCAUACGCAAGGAGAUCACACAGCAGGAGCUGUGCUCUCUCAGUGCCGUCAAACUGGUGGAGCAGUGCGCACGCUUUCACAUACACUGCGCCGCCCGCCUGGUGGCCGAGGAUCCCAGCGUCUUUGACGCCAAAAUCAAUGCCGAGAAUUUAACAAAAUGUUUGCAAACGCUCAAAUACAUGUACCACGAUCUGCGCCUCAAGGGCGUCCAGUGUCCACGCGAGCCCGAAUUCCGGGGCUAUAUCGUGCUGCUCAAUCUGGCAGACGCUAACUUUCUGUGGGACAUUGGUCAGCUGCCCGUUGAGCUGCAAAACUGCUCGGAAAUCCGACGGGCCAUUCAAUUUCAUUUGGCGCUGCAGGACACGAACUUCGUGCGUUUCUUUCAGCUGCUGAGCGAACCGGAGACGAGUUAUUUGAGCGCCUGCAUUCUGAUCACCUAUUUUAUACGCCUGCGCAUUUUGGCCUUGCACCGCAUCGUGCAGGCCUAUCGAGCACCCCGCAAAUAUGAAUUCUCCUCACUGCCCGUCAGCUAUAUACGCCAGAUGCUGCUCUUUCCCAGUGAUGAGGAGACAGUCCAAUUUGUCGAAUGCUGCGGCUUGAAUGUAAAUCAAGCGGAUCGCGUCGAACUGACGCGCAUUCAUACACCGGAGCACUACAAGCUGAGCAGACAGUUCGAGUUAGUGGAAUCGAAGCGUCAGCAGAGCGUAGGCGAAUGCAUUUGUGGCGAGCCGUUGCCGCCGAAGUCACUCUACAGCAAUCAUCGGCCACACAACAGCUUUAAUGAGCAGGGAUACCUUAAGACCAGCGCCUGGACGGCCAGAGAUCAGCUGCCGAAUAGCGAGGAGCUGGAAGAGGAAAUAAGAGUAGCUCCAAGGGCAACAGUGCGAGCUGCGAACACAGAAACAACAGCAGCAGCUCUUCAGAGCACAGCACCGAUUGAUAAUCUGUUCAAGGUGCCGCUAUUUUCGGUACCCAUAUCGCCAAAGAUCAAGGCAACCACGCCACCACCUCAACUGCCGCAGUCACAGCCGCAGUCGCAGCCGCAGCCGCAGCCGCAGCCACAGCCCACAUUCAGUAUGCCAGCGCAGACAAGUAACAAUAUCUUCGGCAUCGAUACGCCGCAGCAGCAGCGCGCUGUUGUACUUGGGAGCAACAUGGCUGAACCAAAGCCCAGCCAGAGUUCAGCCAUUAACUUCAGUUUUGUAGCCGCCGUUGCUGCCACGACGGCAAAGCCGGCACCAAGUGCGACUAGUGUAGCCGAGCAACAGCGACAUCCGAAGGCCGCCGAAUUGGCUGCACUGCAGCAGGCCAUCGUGGCUACUAAGCAGCGUGAGCUGGAACUGCUAGAACUACAAAAGGCCAAGGCGGAGCAAGCGGAACGUGCGCGACGGCAGCGACUGCUCGAUCAAAAGCAGGCCAAGGAGAAGCAACAUCGUCAGCAGCAGGCACAGGAAGCAGCCGCAGCUGCUGCAGCAGAGGCGGUAGAGGCGGAGCGUCGGCGCUUGUUACGCAUCGCAGUGGAGCGUGAGGCACAGUGUAAGCAGCUACUGGAAGAUUUGAUCGCUGAGCAUCUGAAGGAUUUGUGUAAUCUGGAAUAUCGCCUGCAUCACAGUGCCGUGGCCAUAUACGAUUCGCUGCUGGAGCAGGAAAUUGUCGAGCUGGUCAAAAGGAACAUGCUGCGCACCGACUACGAACUGGGUCUGAUGCGUCACUACUGGCGACGCUGGCGCAACUAUCGACGUGUGCAGCUGCGCAAGGAUGCGCUCUUUGCCUGCCUGCCGCUGAGCUUUGGCGGCGAGUCCAGCGAACGACUGUUAAAUGUGAAAACGGUGGAGCAGCCGUUGCGUCUAAUGCGGCGCUAUCGUCAAGGCGAGGCGUGCGACUAUCGACAGCUGCUGGCGGGCAUGGAUGAUCACUGCUGGCUCAAGCUCGAUAUCUGGGAGCUGCUGUCCCGCACGCUGCAGCAAUACACGCCUGGUGCUCGUCACUAUUUCAAGCUGUUGCUAUCGCUGCCCGACAGUAGCGCGGGCCUCGUCAUGGAACAUGCCUUGGAUCGGGGUGUGCUGCAACAGCCAAUGCAGAGCGAAGGUCAACGAUCGGAUGCAGAUGGUGCCUACAUAAGUGGACUGGCACAUGGUGUCGCAUUGUGCGUCCACAAGCUGAAGGGCAUGCCGCAAGCGAAUGCUAACCAGCUGAGCAAUACAGAUGGCAUUAUAUGCUUCGUGGAUGUGAAGCAACUGCCAGAGGCGCGUCAACGCUUGCACAGCUUGAUCAGGAACAGUGGCUGCGAGUAUGUGGCGCUGAUUGUGCAGCAGCAGCAGCAGGAAACGCAGGAGGCGCUUCUGGCGGAGCAAUUACAGCUUGAAACGUUGCGCGCGUAUCGCAUCUUCGACUGCCGCACCAUGACACGUGGCAAGCAGAAGCUGCAGCUGGUCGCUCUGCUUCAAUGUGCAAUUCAAUUUUUGGCCAAGCAGCCGCAUCGCAGUCGCAGGUCACUGCAACAGAUGGAGCUGCGCGAAUGGCUGCUCCGCCACUUGGGCGAUGAGCUGUAUGAUCGACUGCGCUAUGCGUCGCAGAGAGAUGCGACCAUUGGACGGCGCUGUCGUCAGUCGCCUCAGUUCUGUGUUCAGCUGUACAACGAAGCAGUGCGCCGUCUGCAGCUGGUGGCGGGCGAGCAGCUAGAAGAUCGACCACAACUGCCACAGGAGCUGCGUGUCUAUGUUGAGCCACUGCCGCCGCAGGCACCGUUGCCCAAUCGACUGGAGUACUUUGUGAGUGGCUGGCACACGCGUGAGCAGCGAGCGAAGAUUGUGCAGCUGCUGGAGCAGGCCAAGCUGCCGGAGAUGUUGCCGCUGCCAGCGACAAGCGACAAAUCGCAACGAGAGCUUUGUGAAUGGCUCCUCAACUAUGCACAGCUGAGCGAAGAGGAAUCGCAUAUUGAAACUGUGGCACUGCGUGCGAUACAAACACUGGAGCUGCAGCUACGCACGGGCAAUCCUAACUAUCUAGACAUUGUCGAGAUCUUUGCCAAGGAACGUCUACAUUUUGUACUGCAGCGCAAUGCCGCAUCGGUGCCAGUAGCCAUUGUUUACAGACGUCACACCAUGCAUCGUCAAUUUGAGACGCACUGGUAUUAUAUGUGGCAGCCACCUGAAGAGCCAGCAGCAGCAGAUGAACAGCCGCAAGAUGAAGAGCUGGCGCUGGAAAUAGACGCAUUAACGCAGCAAGAGCCGAUUAGCUAUGAGCAAGUGCUGCAACAAGCGCAAGCUGCGUUGGACAAAUGCCAGCAGCAACAUGUUGAGCGCAAGACUUUAACUGUGUUGAACGAACCGCUUGACACACUGGAGCGCACCAUCGAACGAUGCGACCGACAGUCUCUAGCCGGGCAACACGAGCAGCAUCAGCGACGACAGGCUGAAAACUUGCCAAUGCAGCCGGUCAACAAGCGUCAACGUCUUAGCGCAUCAGAUGAGUGUGCAGCUGUGUUGGAUCGCACCGAGAGGCUGCUCAAUGUCAGUCAAACGGCUGAAGAGAGACGUCUUCAAGUACUGCAACGUGCCAAUAAGUUUUUAUAAGCGCCGACGCAUUUAUUUAUACUAUAUAC